GACAGGUCACAGGACAGCUGUUCGAGUUUGUGGAUGUUUUAGUGGAUUUUGCGAGCUUGUUUUGUAAUUAAUGUUUUACAAGCAAACGUAAUUAGUAAUAUGGAUAAGUAUGAUACGUCUCAGCUUACAGAGUUUCCACGAUUUGAGCCCGAAUCGACGCAAAGCGGUGUGUCGACGUUUCUCAACAAAUUGUGGAGGUUUCCACUGUUCUCGCCCAGCGAAACUACUGAAAAUUUGCAAGACAAGGCUGCAGGUGAGAGGAAGCAGAGCAGCCAACAGUCAGAUGAUUCGAAGAAGCAGGAUUAUGAGGAUGCGAAGACCGAAACAGGAUCUUACGCCGUGGAAUUCGAAGGGCGAAGUUUGCCCAAUGUUUUGAGGCGGAUAAGCAGUUUGAUCGCUAUGGGCUCAGGCGGAGGCACCAGAUAUGCGGACACCGAGCUGGCCCGCUACUGGAUGCCGGACGACAUCUCCCGCGAGUGCUACGAGUGCGCCACGCGAUUCAGCACCUUACGGCGCAGGCAUCACUGUCGAGUUUGCGGGCAGAUAUUCUGCUCGAGAUGCUGUAGUCAGAGGGUGCCAGGGCAGAUAUUUGGUUGCGCGGGCGGGCUUCGCGUUUGCAACUACUGUUGCAAUGUAGUCCUAAGCUACCUGAGAGAAAACGACCUCACUGGCGACAUAUCGCCCGACUUGCGCACUUUGCAAGAGAACCUGCAGGUGAAAUUCCCUGAAAACAAGUCGCAGCCAAUGUUCAAGGCUCGCGAGCAUUUCAUGUUCGCUCGCGAGCAAGACGAGCGCGAACCGCGCGUGGCGCCCACCGAGGCGCUGUACGAGCUCUACAGACACCUGGCGCACUCGCUGCCGACGCAGCAGCACAGGUACCGAUUGGUGAGGUACAACGGCGUGUGGCGCGGUUGUGACAUCCUGCAGUGGGUCAUAGACAACACCAACCAUAAAACCAGGUUCCAGGCAAGCCAAGUGUGUCAGAACCUUCUAAGCUCGGGCUACAUGGAAUGCGUGUCGGAACUGCUACAGUUUGCUGACUACGCGCUGUACCGCCCUACUGCACUGCCCUCUAACACCCAACAGGAAGACUCCAGCCCGGAGGAAGUUGAAAGUGCUGGCCGACUAGUCGAGAGCGUAUCGUCGUACUGCCUGGAUUUGAACCUGGGAAACAACUCUGCUCGGCUUAUAAAGGCUCCUAAAACUGCAGAGACAAAAUCGUCGCCUUCCAGCGAAGAAGAGAAUCAACCAGUCCUGGAACAAAGUGAAGGCCACACAGAAUCAGCGAGCGUGUGCAAGGCAAUAUCAGUAUCAGGCGAGGAACACCUUCGACUUCUGAUGCGGCAGUGCCUCGCACGAGCAGCGUUGCCCGCCGCCUGGUUACCAGCGUUGUUUCCGCUGUGCCGCCAAGCUUGCGACCUCAUCAUGCCUGAUCUGUUCAGCACGGACAUCGACCCGCGGCACUACGUGCAGGUCAAGAAGGUGCCGGGCGGCGAGCCGCGCGACAGCUGCGUCGUGCGCGGCGUCGUGCUCACCAAGAACGUGGCCCACAGGUGGGCGUGGGCUCCUUACAGACAGCACUACGGCAGGCCCAGGAGCCGCGCGACAGCGGCGUCGUGCUCACCAAGAACGUGGCCCACAGGGGCAUGCCUCAAGAGAUCGAGAACCCUACAAUCUUGCUGUUGGACUGUUCCAUUGCCUACCAGAGGGUGGAAGGGAAAUCUGUUCAGCACGGACAUCGACCCGCGGCACUACGUGCAAGUCAAGAAGGUGCCGGGCGGCGAGCCGCGCGACAGCUGCGUCGUGCNUUUCAGCCACACAGAAUCAGCGAGCGUGUGCAAGGCCAUAUCAGUAUCAGGGGAGGAGCACCUUCGACUUCUGAUGCGGCAGUGCCUCGCACGAGCAGCGCUGCCCGCCGCCUGGUUACCAGCGUUGUUUCCGCUGUGCCGCCAAGCUUGCGACCUCAUCAUGCCUGAUCUGUUCAGCACGGACAUCGACCCGCGGCACUACGUGCAAGUCAAGAAGGUGCCGGGCGGCGAGCCGCGCGACAGCUGCGUCGUGCGCGGCGUCGUGCUCACCAAGAACGUGGCCCACAGGUGGGCGUGGGCUCCUUACAGACAGCACUACGGCAGGCCCAGGAGCCGCGCGACAGCUGCGUCGUGCGCGGCGUCGUGCUCACCAAGAACGUGGCCCACAGGUGGGCGUGGGCUCCUUACAGACAGCACUACGGCAGGCCCAGGAGCCGCGCGACAGCUGCGUCGUGCGCGGCGUCGUGCUCACCAAGAACGUGGCCCACAGGUGGGCGUGGGCUCCUUACAGACAGCACUACGGCAGGCCCAGGAGCCGCGCGACAGCUGCGUCGUGCGCGGCGUCGUGCUCACCAAGAACGUGGCCCACAGGUGGGCGUGGGCUCCUUACAGACAGCACUACGGCAGGCCCAGGAGCCGCGCGACAGCUGCGUCGUGCGCGGCGUCGUGCUCACCAAGAACGUGGCCCACAGGUGGGCGUGGGCUCCUUACAGACAGCACUACGGCAGGCCCAGGAGCCGCGCGACAGCUGCGUCGUGCGCGGCGUCGUGCUCACCAAGAACGUGGCCCACAGGUGGGCGUGGGCUCCUUACAGACAGCACUACGGCAGGCCCAGGAGCCGCGCGACAGCUGCGUCGUGCGCGGCGUCGUGCUCACCAAGAACGUGGCCCACAGGUGGGCGUGGGCUCCUUACAGACAGCACUACGGCAGGCCCAGGAGCCGCGCGACAGCUGCGUCGUGCGCGGCGUCGUGCUCACCAAGAACGGGCCCACAGGUGGGCGUGGGCUCCUUACAGACAGCACUACGGCAGGCCCAGGAGCCGCGCGACAGCGGCGUCGUGCUCACCAAGAACGUGGCCCACAGGGGCAUGCCUCAAGAGAUCGAGAACCCUACAAUCUUGCUGUUGGACUGUUCCAUUGCCUACCAGAGGGUGGAAGGGAAACUGACGUCAUUGGAACCGGUCUUGUUGCAGGAACAACAAUACCUAGUCCGUUGCGCGGCACGCAUCACAGCGCUACAGCCUAAAGUAGUUUUAGUCCGCGGGGGCGCAGCCCGGGCCGUGCAGGAUGCUCUCAGGGCCGCGGGCGUAGCCCUGGCCGCCAGGCUCGGGGACAAAGCCCUGCAGAGGACAGCCAGAUGUUCAAGAGCUGAUCUGGUAGCUUCUAUUGAUGCUAGAAUUGGAACGCCUAGGCUGGGGACUGCGGAGAGAUUCUAUAUUAAAAAUUAUUCAAGCAAAACCCUAAUGGUGUUAGAAGGCUGCGCAGAACCUCAGUUGGGAUGCUGCAUCCUCCUUCGAGGAGCGUCCUUACAAGAAUUGAUUAGAGUUAAAAAAGUAGUCAAAUUCAUGGUAUUAGCAUGCUACAACUGGAAACUAGAGAAAGCAUUCCUUGGCGAUAUUGAAGCUGUAUUACCCGAACCGGGUAUGACUUUUGAUGACGAUGAAGAAGAAAUUGCAAAAGAUAAUGACAAAGAAGGAUCGUUUUCAAUGAGUAAUGACGCUGGACAUAAUGAAAAGGAUACAAGCGUCAGUGAAUCGGACGCAAUUAAUGAUGAGGAGAAAGAUAAUAGUGACAAUAGCGAAGUGUUUAAAGAUGCUGUGUUGAGUGCCAAUGAUGCAAAGAGUAAUGAUUCGAAAGAUAAUGAUGCAAAGUGUAAUGAUUUGAAAGAUAACGAUAAGAAGGAGCCAGAUGAUCCGUUGCAGAGGACGAAGUUUGUUCGCAAAGCGGAUAGUGAGAAAAACUUUAGUUGUGGGGUUCCGAUAAGGGAUUUUAGUGAUCCGCUAAGAGCAACCCUGUCGGUGGACGAUGAUGUGUUUUUGCCGAAGGAAGAAGCGAAGCUGCAGGCUGACACGCACAGCGACCGCUGGUCGACAGACGACGUAGUGUUGUCCAUGUCUCCCCACACCGUAAUCCCCGCGCCGUACCUCGAGACGGAGGCGGGGCGUCGCUGCCCGCUGCGGCGCUACUUCCCGCAGCCGCUGCUGCCGCACGCCCCGCACACGCCCCGCGCGCUGCACCGCAAGAUGAGCCGGCAACAGGACAGCGGGCCCACGCUGAAGGAGGUCCACCCAUUCAUUCAGAACCCCAUAACAGCGAGUGCGGACGACCCAAUGGUGCGGGCAGCGCUCGCCAACUACCGAGCUACUGGCUGCCGACUUGUUAGCGACAAACAUAAAGUCGAAUGCCCCCUCUACAAGCCGUCAGUAGUAAAGAAGACCGUCAAAGAGCCGGAAGAGUCAGAGAAGCAGACUGACAACGAGCCGCUGGACCCACUAGCGCCGGAGAACCACCAGCGGCUGGGCAUGCUGCUGUACAGCUACAGCAGCAAGUCCGCCAACGUGCCCGACUUCUGCGUCAACCCUUGGAUUGUUAACAUGGAGAUGUACGGACAGCACGACAUAUCCUUGGGGGCUUUCCUGGAGAAGUACUGCUUCAACGGGGACUACAAGUGUCCCUCGAGCAACUGCCAAGUGCCUAUGAACCAACAUGUGAUGUUCUGGUCGCGCUGCGAGUAUUGCGGCGCAACCGGGCGCGCGCGCCGCCUCUCCCGCGCGGCGCUGUCGCUGUCUCUCGCGUGCUACGUGCGCGCGCGCGCGUCGGCCGCCCGCUACGUGCGCGCGCGCCUGUGCCGCCACGCGCUGCACACGCACGCGCACGCCUUCGCGCGCCGCCUCACCACGGCCAGCUUCAGAUAUAGCAAAAUAUCGUACUACGAUAUCCAACUGCCGCCUGAGGUGAUAUCCACUAAGUAUGAUACUAAGAAGAUGCGCGAGGCGUUGAUUCACCAGCUCAACGAACUUAUGCUCAAAGGGCACGAAACGUUCAGCGCGCUGACAGACAGCGAGGCUGAGAAAGACAGCCAGAACUUCAAGCAGCACAUGGAUCAAAUACAUCUCGCGUUGACUUCCGCUACACUAAGUGAGCACACCACUUUGGCUGGUGUGGUGCGAAGCCUUUGGAGUGUGUCUGACCGCAUCAUUUCGGGCGAAAAGAUGCUCCGCGACGCUCAGGACCGCUGGGCCGCGCCUCCGCCGAGACACAAGCCAGCGCAGGAUACCGCUGUUGAAGAAAAAUCUGACGUGGAAGAGUCUACUACCAGUGACAGUGCUAACAAUGACAGCUCGGGGACGACCUAUGUUUUUGCUUCAGAUAACACGUCUAAGGAAAAUACAGGCGAGGAAGACGAGGAAAAAGGCGACAAGAAAACAGUUAGACAGAUUCUGUCGCAAUUGCUAUCCAACAACCAGCCUUCCCACCAGGUGGGCAUGAUCAUCUCAUCAGGCGUUAUUCCUGUAGUGGUACUGGCGGGAGAGAUCGGUUCCGUCAUCGCCGCCACUCUCGCCUCCGUUACAUACCAGCGACACCAAUCGCAAAGUACACAAGGCGAAACAGAGGAAACGGAAAAUGCUGCCAACUCAAAAGAUAAAACUGACGGUGAUAAAGCUAAAGCAGCGAAAUCGAACGACCAUAUUGAAGUUUUGCUGAAGGACGGUCUGCUAUGCCGCGUGUACUACGCGCAGCAAUUCCAGCGACUACGGCACAUGCUACUCGCUCCACUAUCCAGCAACCCGCACAUCACUGAUGAAUUCGCAAAUACUAGUGAACACACCGCCGGGGAUAACAAGAAGUGCUGCUGCGAGAAUAAGGAGAAAGAUAACAAGAGCUUGUGUGAGAUCGAGGAAGGCUUCAUCCGCUCGCUGGCGCACUGCGUGCCGUGGGCUGCCAAGGGCGGCAAGUCGGGCUCCACCUUUUGUAAGACUAAGGACGACCGCUACGUGCUGAAGGAGAUGACGAAGCCGGAGUGGCAGCAGUUCCUCGAGUUCGCGCCGCACUACUUCAACUACGUCAUCAACUGCCACCAGAACCAACAGCCUAGCCUCUUAGCUCGUAUCCUAGGCGUGUACAGUGUAGGCGGAGCGGGAAACGGGAUCCUCGUAAUGGAGAACAUCUGGUACGGCUGCGCGGCCGCGCGACGCUUCGACCUCAAGGGAUCGUCCCGCCAUCGCCUCGCCGCCGAUACGCAACCGCUGGCUGUGCUUAUGGACGAAAACCUGCUUAACUUGCGCUGGGAGACGCAGCUGUACAUAAUGUCGCACGCGGGCGGCGUGCUGUGGGCGAGCGUGGAGCGCGACACCGCCUUCCUGGCCGCGCACUGCGUCAUGGACUACUCGCUGCUGCUCGGCAUCGACAACCGCACGCUCACGCUGGGCCUCAUAGAUUACAUAAGAACGUUUACCUGGGACAAGAAACUGGAGCAUCUGGUGAAGAAGAACCUCGGAUCGGGACAGCCGACUGUGGUGUCCCCGGCCGAAUACCGGCGCCGCUUCUGCCAGGCCAUGCGCAAGUACUUCCCGCACUGUCCCGCGCACUGGGACAGUCUUAUCCAACAGCCUGCGACGCAGCCCUAGCAUCACAGUGGAACACUGGGACAGCCUCGUCCAGCCGCCUGCGACCCAACCCUAGCAGUCAGUGGGACAAUGUUGAUGGCACAUCAACACUGGGACAGUCUUAUCCAGCAGCCUGCGACGCAGCCCUAGCAUUAGUGGGACAAUGUUGGUGGGACAUCAAUACUGGGACAGCCUCAUCCAACAACCUGCGACCCAACCCUAGCAGUCAAGUGGGACACCGUUGACAGAACCACGUACCUGUGUCAAUAAGCCGCUGCAGUAUUCACGUAUUAUGAUGAUACUGGGACAGUUGCGGCGGAGCCCUCUAGUGGGACACCGUUGAGAUUAUUUGUAGUGUGUGCUUCAGUAAGUCGCUACAGCAUUCGCUUAUGAUAUUGGGAAAGUUUUGACAUGUCAGCUAAUUUUAGAGAUGUCGCCUCGUGGGGAAUCCUAGGUAAGUGUUUCAAAACGUCUAGAAAAACAAA